AUGAUUAUUAAGAGUCUUCAUCAGAACUUGACGAUCAACUCGCAAUUCGCAGGGACUGCGAGUCCACGUGACUCGAAACAAUGGACGUUCUUGAAACCGAAGAUCUUACUGGAUCACCAACUAUAUUUACGACCUUCAACUGGCAUACAAUUCAAUGGACUGAAAACGUCAUUGUCUUCACAAAGACAAGAGACAGAAGAGCUGCCUCGGCGCAAAGAUGGAAUUGUCAGCGAUGCUAAAACCUUUGCAAGAACGUUCAAGGAAAUUCCACGCCCUGCUGCAAUAUUCGGCUUUGCCGGCACUCUUCCUUACAUCGCGACUAGUGCAGCAUCAGCACAUUACGCUUCAUCACCAGAGAUGCUGGCCGUCAUCGAGCCCGUUCAGGUUGGAUAUGGCGCGUGCGUCUUAUCUUUUAUAGGAGCUGUACACUGGGGUAUGGAAAUGGCCAAGUAUGGUG